GUUACAUCGACGACGGCUGGCACAACCAAUCCAGCUCUAACUACCGCAGGAGCAGCCACCGCUGGUAUGACACAAAGUUCUGUCAUAAGUACAACAAUAGAAAUGACGAUGACUUCGACACCAACCACAGAGGGCACAACACCACCGUCUGCCGGAACAGCAACGACAAGCGCAACAACGUCGCCAACUAGUGCGACCAUGACGACAAGCGCAACAACGCCUGCAGCAAGUACCACAACAGCCAUAUCUGGCACGACGGCAAUAACUGGCCCGGCUUCUACAAGUACUGAAUCAACGACAGCUGGAGCGUCAAUGAGUUUUACUGCAAGUACAGUACCAGGAACGACAAUAGGACCAACAACACCAUCCAACACCCAACCUUCGCCUAGUAAUACAGCUGGGAUAACGACAACUAGCCCGACUGAAAUUUCCACGUCAAGCACACCCAUCGGAACGACGAGUCCUCAUUUAUCACCAGAGAGCACUACAUCGUCACCUUCUGGGAGCACCACACAAGCAACAACAAGAACCGUUGUGCCGACAGGUAUAACUACAGCGACAACUGUAACGACGGAAGGUGCCACAGCAACUACAACACCAGCUACGGCAGGAGCUACCCCAGAGACACCGUCUGUGUCUGUGACAUCGACGACGGCUGGCACAACCAAUAAAGCCCUAACUACGGCAGGAGCAACCACCGCUGAUAUGACAGAAAGUUUUGUCUCAAGUACAACAAUAGAAAUGACGAUGACCUCGACACCAACGACAGAGGGCACCACAUCACCACCGUCGUCCGGAACAGCCACGACAAGCACAACAACUUCGCCAAAUAUUACGACAAUAACAACAAGUGCAACAACGCCUCCAGCAAGUACAGCAACAGUUACUUCUGGCACGACCGCAAUAACUCGCCCGGCUUCUACAGGUACUGAAUCAACAACAGCUGGACCGUGUAACUACAGCGACGGCUCAAACGACAGAAGUUUCUCCGGCAGCUUCAACAAUAGCUACGUCAGAAGCUACCCCAGGUACACCAUCUGUGGCUGUCACAUCGACGACGGCUGGCACAACCAAUCGAGUUCUAACUACCGCAGGAGGAACCACCGCUGGUAUGACACAAAGUUCUGCCAUAAGUACAACAAUAGAAAUGACGACGACUUCGACACCAACCACAGAGGGCACAACACCACCGUCUGCCGGAACAGCAACGACAAGCGCAACAACGUCGCCAACUAG